AUGGAGAGCUUGCAAAGAGGUCUCAUGUACACGCGGCUCGUCGCUUACGGCGUCAGCCUCUACCUCUCCAUCCUCCGUCGUAGUCUGUCCGCCCGUAUCUCUGGCCGCGCUGCUCCUCCGCCUCUCCCCGAAGGCGCAUCUCCCUCCGAGCCUCGAAACAUCGUCAUCGUCGGCGCUGCAUUCGCUGGCUACCACGCCGCCCGUCUCCUUACUUCCACCCUGCCCAAAGACAGUCCGUAUCGUGUCGUGGUCGUCGAGCCCAACAGCCACUUCAACUUCACGUGGGUGCUGCCCCGGUUCUGCGUUGUCGACGGCCACGAGCACAAGGCCUUCAUCCCGUAUGGCGGCGGGCUGCCUGGUGCGGGAGGCAAAAGCGAUAUAGGGAAGCCGGUCAAGUGGAUCCGAGACCGGGUCGUGUCGGUUGGCAAGAAGACGGUCAAGUUGAGAGACUCUGGGGAGGAGUUGCCGUACGAGUUUCUCAUCAUCGCGACUGGAUCGAGCGUCAAGGAUGGAUUGCCAUCCCGUGUGGGCAGCGAGGACAAGGCAAGCGGCGUCGAGCUACUCAGAGGCAUGCAGAGAAAAAUCAGGGAUGCGAAAAAGGUUGUCGUCGUGGGAGGCGGUGCGGCGGGUGUGGAGCUGGCGACGGAUGCGGCAGACAAGUACCCGGACAAGAAGAUCGUGCUGGUGCAUUCGAGACAUGCCGUGAUGCAAAGGUUUGGAGCUGGGCUGCAGAAGGGCGCGGCCGAGAACCUGAAACGGUUAGGUGUCGAGGUUAUUCUGGAGGACAGGGUCGUGUCUGAGGACGAGGCAUCCCGCACUGUUACUCUCCGAUCGGGCAAGGAGAUCGACUGCGACUGCUUUAUCAACUGUACUGGUCAGAAGCCGUCCUCGGAGAUCCUAGCGGAGAUCUCACCCUCCUCCAUCCUCCCCGACGGCCACAUCAAGGUCAAGCCGACACUGCAGGUGGCCGACGAUGCCCUCCCCAACGUCUAUGCCUGCGGUGACGUCGCCGAGACGAAGACGCCGAACCCGAAUUCACGGGCGGCCAUGCGCCAGGCCGAGGUGGCAGCAGACAACGUCAUCUCCGCCACGCGCAACAAGACGCCGCGCUUCACGUACACGCCGGAAUGGGCAAACGGCGUGAUCAAGCUGACUCUGGGACUGGACCGAUCCAUCACACACUGGGGCGACGGCAAGACAGAACUGCUGAUGCCCGGAGAGGAGAAAGACCUGGCGCUCAUGUGCGAUGGCUCGUGGACAGCGCUGGGCGCAAAGCCCUUUGAAGACACGGGCGCGAUGGCGACGACGAGCAAGGCUGGCGCGCACGCCGUCGAACCGGCCAAGAUGCAGGAUGCUCCCGCCCAUCCCGAGGCGCCCAGGUUGGAGACUACUGUGGCUGCUUGA